AUGGUCGAGUACACACCUGCUCCGGAAGACCUCUCGCGUCUGAACCCCAUCCAACGCUACAUGCAGAAAGGCCAACUCGACAAACAAGAUUAUGUCUACCUGAUCCUCAUCGUCCUUGUCUACUUCAUGGCCAGGCCUAAGAUUGAAGAAUUCUUCAAGUGGUGGAUGGGCCCGAAGGAGCUGCAAGAGGGCGAACAAGCCCGGAUAGCAUACAUGCAAAAGGCAAAAGUUGGACCAAACGUGAUACGGGGGACCGAGACCAGGAGUCUGGAGACAAUUCCCGAAGUCUCCGCCGACACUGCCACUGGCACCAACAUGGAUAAAAAAGGCAAGGUGGUGAACCGGAAAACAAAGGACAAGUCGGGAACCGACAAGCUGUUAGACUGGGAAGACGAGCCCGAGAGGAAGCCUACGGAAGGGGACAAGUCAGAUGUUGUCGCAUGGCUCGACAAAUGGUCUAAUGAAGAAUGA